AUGUCCCCGACCCAUUGGACAACCCUCCUUUGUCUGCUUGCUGGGGCAAUUUGUACUAUUCUCUUGUCCCGUCUCUUGUUCCGUCCAACAGCGCGCCUCAAGCCCGCGACACCGGUCACACAGCGAGGUGUCCAUCUCGUCCAAGUCAAGCUCAACAGGGACGAUGCCGACACAGACAUCGACAUCAUCGCCAUCCAUGGGCUCGACACGACGUCGCGAGACACGUGGACAUGGAAAGACCCCAGGGAUCCUAAGAACCAAGACAAGUGGGUUAACUGGCUACACCCGGGUAUGCUUCCAGAGAGCGUGCAUCGGGCCCGGAUCUUUACAUGCGACUGGCCAGCCAAUCUGCUUGAACCAUCAGACUUGGUACAAAAGACAAUGGAGGAGUAUGCUCUGCUUCUGCUCGAAGGCAUCCAGAGAGUGCUCUUUGGGGACGCCGCAAGAAGAGAAGACCGGCCCAUAGUCUUCAUCGCAUCGUGUCUUGGGGGCAUUAUCUUGAUGAAGGCUCUCGUGCACGCAGAUGACAAAAGAAGCAGCUAUUAUCGUCUAAGGAGAGCUGCACGUGGUAUUGUUUUCCUUGCUACGCCGUUCCGAGGGACUUCGUUCCAGGACGUCGCGGCCUGGGCGGAGCCAGGUCUGAAGGCCAAGGCUUCAAUCCAAGGUCGAAAAGUGAGCAGGCUACUUGAUAGCGUAAAGGGAUCGACCUUCGACCUUGAGGAACUCGUCCACAAAUUCACCCAGCUAUGUCAAGACAAGGGCAAUCCCUGCGAAGUGUUCAACUUUUAUGAACUUCAAACGACGAGCCUGCCGCUGAAAGUAUUCCCUUGGCUACCCACUUGGCUCCGCCACCAAAAACAGCUGGUCAACAAGUCCUCAGCAACGCUGGAUAUAAUCCCUGAUCCACUAUCCCUGGAUCGACGCCACUCUCUGAUGAACAAGUUUCACAGCCCUAAAUGUGCAGAUUAUCAGAAAGUCGCCGAUCAAAUUGAAAAGAUGGUCGGGAAGAUUCGCGAGGGGACUCGACUACAACAAGCGGACGCAUGGAUACGGAAAAAACACUACAAUGCAGACAAGCUCCGAAUUGAACGACUCUCGGGCGAUCUGUUGCCGAUGGAUCAGUGCUACAUCAAUCUCGCCAUAGUGGAGCAGUCUGGGCUGAACACAGGCCGCUCGAACGAAGGAGGCGCAAAGCCCUCCCCGUUUUCACUCUUCGCUCGACAGAAGGUUGAGACGUCAGAUAGGAACAUUGAGGUCAAGCUGCCGACAAUCUUCAACGAACGCAAAGGCCACGAUGGUAGCGCAGUAGAACCAAGAAGAAUAUUAAUUCGAGGGCGCGCUGGAGUGGGGAAGACUACAUUGUGCAAAAAGAUUGUCUACGAAUUUUCCCGAGGCACAUGGAGCGAAUGGACCAAGAUGUUCAAUCGUGUCCUUUGGGUCCCUCUGCGGAAUCUGAAACUACCAGACAGACGACAAAUACCGGGAUAUAACUUUGAACAUCUCUUUAUUCAUGAGUAUUUCUCGCUGCCGAAAAGCAGACCGGACCUGGCUAGAGAAUUGUCCGAUGCAGUAGCGACCGAUAACAACAAAACCCUCUUUCUCCUCGAUGGCCUGGACGAAGUAUCCCAGGACUUGGGAGCCGCAGAUGCCAUGUCCCGCUUCCUCACGGAGCUGUUGAAACAGCCAAACGUCAUCAUCACCUCCCGACCGUCUGCCAAGCCUCCACCUGACCUGGACCUCGAAUUGGAAACGAUUGGAUUCUACCCAGAUCAAGUGCAAGCUUACCUCGACGCCGACCCCAACAUGAAGCCAAAAGCCAACCAGGUUCAAUUAUUCCUUCGAGAGCAUUGGCUCAUCCAGGGACUCGUUCGGAUUCCAAUCCAACUGGAUGCGCUUUGCUACGCCUGGGAAGACUUUAGUUCCGGGACGGCGCCAGAUACCAUGACUGGGAUAUAUAACGCUAUUGAGUAUAAGUUGUGGAAGAAGGAUAUUGAGCGACUGGGUAAGCAGUACGAUGGGAAGCCGGUGACGGCUUCUCAAAUUGACUCCUCCGAAGUCAAGGACCUAGUCGAACAUGAGGCCUAUUUUCUUGAAGGCCUUGCCUUCACUGGAAUGCACAGUGACACCAUCGAUUUCACAUCAGAGCAUCGAAAACCUAUAUCUAAGCAGUUCAAUUGCUCCAGAAUGUUACUCCAUAAGACACUUCCAAACCUAUCUUUCUUGCGGACAUCAGACCCAUCAUCAAGGCUCGAAGAUCGGAACUACCACUUUAUCCACCUCACCUUUCAGGAGUACUUUGCGGCGCGGUAUUUCGUACGGCAGUGGAAGGAUCACAAGCAACUCGAAUAUGCCUUCAAGAGGCAACAAGAUGCCCCCUCCGAUCUGCCGACCGACCCAGUUGGAUUUCUUCAAAAACAUAAAUACUCGGCGCGAUACGAUGUCUUUUGGCGCUUUGUUGCCGGCUUACUAGACGCGGACGGCCAGGCAAACCGAUUCAUCGAUAUAAUUGAAGAGAAACCGCUGGACCUUUUGGGUCCUACACAUCAACGGCUGGUCAUGCAUUGCCUGAGCGAAAUAUCGGGUGACUUGCGCAUUCGAGUAGACCUAGAACGAAGGCUAUCGAAGUGGCUACUAUUUGAAUGCAGAUUCGACCAUGAGGCACAACUAGCAAGCGAAGUGGAAUUUCCCGAGCAGGCGUUGGACAUCGCCUUACGUGAAGGGUCUGAUGUAAAGGCAACGAUUUUAGAGUGGCUAUACUUUCGGGCCACGCUUCCGCCGAGAAUUCUUGCACAGGUGGCUCCCCAGCUCGAGGACGAGAAUUGGCGGGUCCGAGAGGCCGCCAUCGGAGCCUUAGGUUGUCGACCAGACCUGCCAGAGGAGAUAUUGGCGGCCGUAGCAGCAGGGCUCGAGGAUGAGAACUGGCGGGUCCGAGGGGCCGCCAUUGAAGCCUUAGGUGAUCGAUCAGACCUGCCAGAGGAGAUAUUGGCGGCCGUAGCAGCAGGGCUCGAGGAUGAGGACUGGCGCGUCCGAUGGGCCGCCGUCCAAGAGUUAGGUCGUCGACCAGACCUGCCGGAGAAGAUGCAGACGGCUGUGGAGGCGCGGCUUGAGGACGAGAAUGAGAGAGUCCGAGAGGCCGUCAGAUCCUUAGGUCGCCGAUCGGACCUGUCAGAGAAGAUAAAGACGGCUGUGGCAACACGGCUUGAAGACAAAGUAUCACCUAUCCGAGCGGCCGCCAUUGGAGCCUUAGGUAGCCGAUUAGACCUGGAGGAGAAGAUGCCGAUAGCUGCAGUGGCCCAGCUCGAAGAUGGGAACUGGAAAGUCCGAGUGGACGCUCUCGAAGAGUUACGUAGCCGAUCGGACCUGUCAGAAAAGAUACUGACGGCUGUGGCAGCGCGGCUUGGGGAUAAGCACCCGAGCGUCCAAAUGUCCGCCUGGAGUGUAAUGCGGAAGAAUGCAAAAUCCUACUACACCCUUCUCAGCGGCCCUCACGCAACAUCCUUGUACAGGUUUCUAUUCAGACAAAGCUUCAAGGAACAAUUGAGUUGGUAUAUUGAUGACGGCCACUCUUGCGUCAACAUGCCAGAGGGUAUUACGAGGAUUUCCAUUGAGAAUCAACAAAAUGACAUCAGGGUCAUGAUCAACGAAGCGCGGCCAGCAGAUACACCAUCAAUAUGUGGAAGCGGGUAG